ACGGUUGGCGGUGACAGCUACGUGACUUGACGCGCGUCGCAAUCAAGCUCAUAAUCCUGCUCUACUUCACUCACCAACAGAAUGUCCCGGUCCUACGAUCGCGCUCUCACUGUCUUCUCUCCCGAUGGCCAUCUUUUCCAGGUCGAAUACGCGGGUGAAGCAGUUCGGAAAGGUACAUGUGCUGUCGGUGUGCGCGGAGCGGAUGUCGUUGUUCUGGGUGUGGAGAAGAAGUCUGUACUGCAGCUUCAAGAUCCUCGAACAGUACGGAAAGUAGUCAUGUUGGAUGAUCAUAUCUGUCUUGCUUUCGCUGGACUCACUGCUGAUGGGCGUGUCCUGAUCGACAAAGCGCGCAUAGAAUGCCAGAGCCACCGUUUGACUGUCGAAGAUCCGGUCACCGUGGAAUAUAUCACCAAGCAUAUCGCUGGAAUCAAGCAGAGAUACACACAAUCAGGCGGUGUCCGGCCGUUCGGAAUCUCCACCCUCAUUGUCGGCUUUGACCCUAACGACACAAGACCGCGUUUGUAUCAGACGGAGCCCAGUGGCAUCUAUAGUGCUUGGAAGGCUAACGCUAUUGGUCGAUCCUCGAAAACCGUGCGCGAAUUUCUGGAGAAGAACCAUAAGGACGAUCUGAGCCGGGAGGAGACUAUCAAGUUGACCAUCAAAUCUCUGCUCGAGGUGGUUCAAACUGGUGCAAAGAAUAUCGAAAUUGCCGUCAUGGAGAGUUAUGGAAAAGUCACGAAUCUUGAUCUUGCACAAAUUGAAACGAUCGUCGCUGAGAUAGAGAGAGAGAAGGAAGCAGAGGCGGAACGGAAGAGGUCGCGUUUAGCGGCAACAGCAGCUGGCCAGGCCGCCAUGGCAUCGAGAGUGGGCGGAGAGACCCCCGAUGCCUAAGGGUUACGCCGUGUUCCUUAUCCUUCAAAUCUGUAAAAACACUGCUUACCUUGAAUUGUGCAGUGAGCAUCAGUGACAAGGUUGUGAGGAAGAACAGUCAGCUCUAGGCGGUCUGAUGGUGGUGGUGGAUCGGUUCAUCCGCCACGUUACGAGGUAACGGAUAUACUGUCAUUCGCGGCGAGUCAGUGAGCUGGCCUUGAGUUUUCGCUCUCGUUUCACUUGGUACUCGUCCACCUGGUGCAUGGCAUGCCUAGAGAUCCCAUUCAGAAUGCGGAGAGGCCCUUUUCAGGCAGGCUUUCAAUCUUAUUGCAUAAGCAGAUUCCCUUUGCCUACUAGAAUAUCAGCUGCAAGUUUC